ACCGUCGAGUAGAGCCAGUCCAGGCUGCGGCGACCCACCGGCCCCAUGGGGUCGCAGCAGCCGCCAGGGGCGCCGCUGUCUCGCGAGGAGGGUGAGGCGCCCCCGCCCGCCCUGGCUCCGGAGGGUAGGCGGAGAAGUCGCCGGGUACGCCUUCGCGGAUCCUGCCGCCACCGACCCACCUUGCUGGGCCGUCGGGAGCUGACCGCCAGCGCCCCGGACGGGCCUGCGCCGGCAUCUUCGGAGAUAAUGGCAUCAGCAGCUAAGGAAUUUAAAAUGGACAACUUUUCACCUAAAGCAGGCACUAGCAAAUUGCAACAGACAGUACCAGCUGAUGCAUCUCCUGAUUCCAAGUGCCCUAUAUGCUUGGAUAGAUUUGAUAACGUGUCUUACUUAGAUCGCUGCCUACAUAAGUUCUGUUUUCGCUGUGUGCAGGAGUGGUCAAAGAACAAAGCUGAAUGUCCACUGUGUAAACAGCCCUUUGAUUCGAUUUUCCAUUCUGUGAGGGCAGAAGAUGACUUCAAGGAGUAUGUCCUAAGACCUUCAUAUAAUUUUUCCACCCCUGAUGUUCGACGAUUCCGCUACCGGACAACUAUGACAAGAGACCGAAAUACUUCUGUCUAUUCACCGACUAGUACUGUGAACAGAAGAACAUCAUCGCCACCAGAUAGUGGUGUGCUAUUUGAAGGAUUGGGCAUUUCAACAAGACCUAGAGACAGUGAAAUUCCUCAACUUAUGAGGCAGAUUGCAAUAAGGAGGCCAGCCACCACAGAUGAAAGAUCUUUACGUAAAAUUCAAGAGCAGGAUAUUAUUAACUUUAGAAGGACUCUGUAUCGUGCUGGUGCUCGUGUUAGAAAUAUUGAAGAUGGUGGCCGCUACAGGGACAUUUCAGCUGAAUUCUUCCGCAGAAAUCCAGCUUGCCUUCACAGAUUAGUCCCCUGGUUAAAGCGUGAACUUACCGUUCUUUUUGGAGCUCAUGGAUCUUUAGUGAAUAUUGUCCAGCACAUCAUCAUGAGUAAUGUUACUCGCUAUGACUUGGAAAGUCAGGCCUUUGUGUCUGAUUUAAGACCAUUUUUACUUAACCGGACUGAGCAUUUUAUACACGAAUUCAUCAGCUUUGCUAGAUCUCCAUUUAACAUGGCAGCCUUUGACCAGCAUGCUAAUUAUGAUUGCCCUGCGCCUUCCUAUGAAGAAGGCAGCCAUUCCGAUUCUUCAGUCAUAACAAUAUCUCCAGAUGAGACUGAGACCCACGAGUUGGACAUUAAUGUAGCCACUGUUAGUCAAGCACCAUGGGAUGAUGAAACUCCAGGGCCAUCAUAUUCCAGCUCAGAACAGGUACAUGCCUCCAUGUCUUCCCUUUUAAAUACAUCUGAUAGUUCUGAUGACGAACUUGUAACAAGAGGAACCCCACCUCAGAUACAAGGAGCACAAACCAAUGAGGACCUAAAUAAUGACAGUGAUUCUUCUUCAGACAAUUGCGUCAUUGUUGGGUUUGUUAAACCCCUAGCUGAGAGGACCCCAGAACUUGUUGAACUAUCAUCUGACUCUGAGGAGUUAGGCUCUUAUGAGAAAAUAGAGACAGUCAAGACACAAGAGCCAGAGCACUCGUACAGUUCUGGUGAUAGUGAUAUUAGUAGAUGUUCAUCCCCACGCUCUGUCCUGGGGAAGGAUGAGCACACAAAUAAGGGUCUUUGUGAUUCUGAUGCGAAGAUCCAGUCACAGAAGGAAGAGAAACGAUCCACAUCAUCAUCUCCUAGAGACCUGACCUCAUCUAUGAGAGGAGACAGAGCAUGCUCCCCGCACAACCACAGACACAGAAGAAGGGGGAGAUCAAGAAGUUCUGAUUCAUGUUCUCAGAGAAGUGGGCAUGAUCAGAAGAAUCGUAGAAAGCAUCAUGGUAAGAAAAGAAUGAGAAGCAAACAGUCCAGAAGCAGAGAGAGUAGCAGACCAAGAGGCAGAAGGGACAAAAAGAGAUCAGGAACCAGAGAUCGCAGUUGGUCGAGAAGGAGCCAAACCUUGUCUGUAAGUAGUGAAAGCACAAGUAGAUCAAGGUCUCGUAGCAGUGAUCAUAGUAAAAGAAGAUCACGAAGCAGAAAUAGAGAUCGUUAUUAUUUAAGAAAUAAUUAUGGAAGAUAUAAGUGGGAAUACACCUACUACAGUAGAAAUAAAGAAAGAGAUGGUUAUGAAUCAUCUUAUAGAAGAAGGACUCUGUCCAGGGCUCGUUAUUCAAGACAAUCUUCAAGUCCAGAAUUCAGAGUUCAGUCCUUUUCUGAAAGGACAAAUGGUAGGAAAAAAAAUCACAGUGAAAGGAAGUUUUACUACUACGAAAGGCACAGGUCAAGGAGCCUCUCUAGUACUAGAUCAAGGACUGCAUCCACAGGUCCUGAUCGGGGGAGAAGUGAAAAGCCUGGAGGGAAACGAAAAUAUAAGACACGCCAUUUGGAGGGUUCUAAUGAAGUGGCUCAGCCGUCGCGUGAAUUUGCUUCUAAAGUAAAGGAUGGUCCUUGCCCCAAAUCUUCAAAAUUGGAUGGAAACUACAAAAAUGAGAGUGACAGCUUUUCUGACAGCCGAUCAUCAGACAGAGAAACAAAGCACAAGAGGAGAAAAAGGAGGGCCCGAAGUCUAAGUGUAGAGAUAGUGUAUGAAGGGAAACCUACUGAUACAAACAGACAUCAUAAAAAGAAAAAGAAGAAACACAAGAAGAAGCAUCGAAAACACCAUGGAGAGAAUGCUUCCCGUUCCCCAGUUGUAAUUACCAUCGACAGUGAUAGUGAUAAGGAUUCUGAAGUAAAGGAAGAUCCAGACUAUGACAAUAGUGGUCCUCAGGACUCCGUACACAGUGAGCUUUUGACUCCCUCCUUGGACCCAUUUGAAAAUAAAGAUGUAGUUACCGUAGAAGACGAAUUUGGUACCUUGGAUAAGGAUUGUGAUAUUAUCACUAACAACUUGGACAAUGCCAACAAAACUGUAAAUAAUACACUACAAGUAUCUUCCACUGAACAAACUCUUGAUGUGAGAGAAGAGAGCACUUUUGCCUCUGUCUUGGAGAACCAGCGCAGUAACCUGUCUGUUCCAACUGAACCCUCCAGGCAACUGCCCUCUUCGCGGACAUCAUUAAUGUCAGUGUCUCUCGGUCGAGAACAUGCUAUGUCUUAAAAUUGCCAAAGCAGCUCAUUGAGAAUCUUGAUGGUAUCAAACGAAGGAAAGACAAGGAACAGGGUCAUCUACUGCAGUCUAUUGACUCUUGAUGAAAACUACUUUCUCCUUAAAAUAUUGUGUGUGCGGGGGGAUUGUUUGUUUUGUUUUGUUUUUUGUUAAGAGUUUGUAAGAAAGCAUCUUAUUGUUUGAAAGAUCUGUAAGUCCACUCAGAGAUAAGCACUUUUAAGUGAAGAAAAUGAUAUUGCUAGCCAUUUAUUUAAAACUUGGACUCCUUUUUAAAUAAAAAAUGUAAAUUUUAGAAGUUAUUUCAUAAAGCCAUAUGGUAUUGACAUAUU